AUGGAUAAAGCCGUUCAAGAUGUCGAUGAGGGAUUAACUCAACCUGUAUUACCAACAUCAUUUGUUACACCUUACCAACUCCCACGAUAUUGUCAAUAUAAUAGAGGAACAUGUUGGGCAUUAGCUACCAUUGGUCUUUUGGAACAAUCAUAUAGAGAUAAUGGUAUUAGAAAAGGAUUUCUUAAAGAAAAUGAAUAUCUUAGACUAUCACCUCAAGCAUAUGCUAUUGAUGUCUUAAAUCAAUGUGCUUUACACCCAGAAGCUUGUCCAGGCAAACAAGGAAUUGAUAAUUCAACAGAAGGAGGAUAUGUAGAAUGGUUAUAUGCAUUCACUGAUUUAUAUGACAAAGUUAUUCCAGAAAGUGCUUGUCCAUAUGCACAAGAAAAUGAAGGACAAUGGGAAUGUGUUGAUAAAGAAAAGAAACAAGCAAGUAAUCCAAUAAAAUUCAAUGUUACUAGUAUAACUACUAAAAGAAAUAUUUAUGAUGUUAAAAAAUUAUUAGUUGACACAAAUAAACCUGUUGCAUUUGAUUCAUCAUUAAUCAUUGGACAAUAUGCUAUUCCAACUGCUGGACAUGAAAUGUUAAGGGCAUUUGUCAAGAAUGUAGACAAUUGUCCAAAUAGUAAUAAUGAAGAAUGUAUGUAUCUUGAACAACAUGAAAUGAAUCCAGAUGGAGAAUUCUUUAUUGAAGAUACAAAAGCUGCUAGUGAAGGAGGACAUGCAAUGAAUAUUGUUGGAUAUAAUGAUCAUUUUGUUAAUAAAGAUGGAACUAAAGGAGCAUUUAUUGUAAGAAAUUCAUGGUUAGAAGCUGUUUAUGAUUAUGAUGCUAAUCAAUGGAUUUUCCCAGAAGAAAAGCAAAGAAAGAAAUUUAAUGUUAAAGCAAAUAAACUUCCACCACCAACACCUAGAAAUUAUUAUAGAGGAUCUCAUUCAUCAAAAUAUAUAAUGCAAGAAAUUUCAGAAUGGGAUGAACGUAUUUUAUGUCCAAAUCCAAAUAAUAUUCAAAACUGGGAUUCAUGUGUCAAUUUAGCUGUUGGACCUACUAAACAAGGAGUUAGACAAAAUAUUCCAGAUUCAUCAGCAUGUUUCAAUCAAACUUUUAUGAUGGAAUAUGCUAAGAAUUAUCGUAGACCAAUGGAAUUUAGAUGUUUGAAUCAAUUUACAAGUGAAUUAUGUAGUGAAGAAGAUUUAGAUGGAUCAAGAUUCUUCUUGACACAUAAAUCACAAUCUAUUCACAAUCCUAAUUUGGUUAAUUUCUGUAUGUUAAGAGUAAAUAAAACUGAUAUCACUCAACAAAAGGAAUUUUGUGCUAAUGAUGUUCCAUUUGAUUAUGUUGAAUUCUUAUUUAUGCCAACAAGAGAAUAUAUGGAUUUAUUACAAAACAAUGAGGACUAUUGUGGAUUCCAUAUUUGGCCUUAUAGUUACAUCGAAAGAAAUCAAAAAUACAGAGGGUUCUUUGAUGUAAUUCAUUUUGACAUCACAUGGGAUGAUCGUUCUUAUUUAGCUAAUAAAGAAAAAGGAUUUGAUUAUCAAACCUUAUCAAAAGAGAUUCACUGA